UAUGGAUUGUUGCUGGUUGCAGCUUACUUGCAUACUGUUGAAGGACCUGGAAUCACACCUGCAGAAGUCAACGCCGUUCUAGGAGAAGUUCGGACUGCAUUACAACAGGCUGAAGAAACUCUUAAUUCUGCCUGUAGCACUGCAGCCCUACUGGAACAAGAUGGAAAUCUCCAAAGGACCGUUAGUCACAUACGUAUGGUACGAUCACGGUUGGACAGACUUCCCGGUGCAGAACAGACUUCUACAGUACAGUCCAUCAAAGCGACAUUACGGGAUUUGGAGGUUAAAGUCAGCAGUGUACUUGCAGAGGUCCGGCAACAAAUUACCAACGUGAACAACAGCCGCGAUAGAGCUCCCCGGACGACUGAAGGGAGAGUGGGCCGCCCUCGGUACAUGAUCGACCCUGGUUCGGUACGGGAAUCGUUUGAACAAGGACUGCCUUUCAACAUUGGUGCUAGACUUCACGGUGUGUCGACUUCAACUUUCUAUAGGCGACGACGGGAAAUGUGCUUAACACAAAGACAGAGGUACACAGACAUCACAGACCAACAGCUUGACAACCGGACACGCCAGAUCACAGCCAUAGACUCCAACUGUGGGACACAAAUGGCCAUGGGAGCUCUAAUAACCCAGGGUAUACGGGUCGCCAGGGAGCGCGUGUACCAGUCCCUAAGGCGUGUGGACCCCCAGGGGGUUGCCGCAAGGUGGAGACCGCCCGUGCCAAGACAGGGGUAUUUCGUACCUUGUCCGAACUGGAUUUGGCAUCUUGAUUCUCAUCAUAAACUCAAUGGCGUCUACCAGAGCAGGUGGAAGAUUUCAAUUCAGGCUGCGGUGGACGGGUACAGCAGGACAUGCGUGUACCUUGGGGCGUCUGGAUACAACACUGCUUCUCAGACCCUUCGGAUGUUUUUAAGGGGCGUGAGGGAGUACGGACUGCCACGUCGCAUAAGAACAGACCAUGGUGGAGAAAAUAAUGCAGUCGGCCGCCUUAUGGUUGAGAUUAGGGGCACAAGCUACGAGGUACACUUCAAAGGACCGUCCGUUCAUAACGCAAGGAUUGAGCGGUUUUGGGGAACGAUGCGAGACCAUGCUACCAAGCGAUUCAUUAACCUGUUCGAUGCUUUUGAACGGGAAGGAAUAUUGGACCCAAAUUCACGUCUAGAUAUUCUUGCACUGCAUUUUGUUUUUUUGCCUAUUAUAAAUUCCGCUCUGGAUACGUUUAGAGCAUUCUACAAUAACCAUCCUGUAAGUACUGCACCAUAUAACAUGUCCCCGAACCAACUGAGAGCGUUUGGCUUCGCAGAUAACAUUGAUAGACAGUACACUGCUGUCCACGAACAUUACAAUGGGCAGCCAGUUGACAUUGACACGCUAAUCACAGACGUUCCGUUAGAAGAAGAACUACUGGCGCUAUGUAGGUAUGUCCGUGAACUCCGCGUUCGUGAAGAUUGCACGGAGGAACUGUUUAGAGAGCUUUCACCAUUUAAUUUUUCGGACAGAGACGGCAGAGAAAAAUACCUCUUAGCGAGAGAAAUUCUUCGACGACAUUUGCUGAAUGAUUAA